CCAGCUCCAGCCCCCCGCCGAAGCUCUCGCACCCACACCCAGCUGUGGAGAGACCGCCGAAGACCUCCUCCCCAUCUCCUACACUCCCUCGCAGUCAGCAGCCAUGCCGGAAAUCGUGGAUCCGCGGAUGAUGUCCGUGACGCCCAGGUUGCGCUACAACACCAUUGGCGGCGUCAACGGGCCAUUGGUCAUUCUUGAGAGCGUCAAAUUCCCCAAGUACAACGAGAUUGUGUCUUUGACGCUCCCCGAUGGCACUGAGCGGUCCGGCCAGGUCUUGGAAGCAAGAGGAAACCGCGCUGUCGUGCAGGUUUUCGAAGGCACUUCAGGCAUCGAUGUGAAGAAGACAAAAGUCGAAUUCACCGGUCACAGCUUGAAACUAGGUGUCUCGGAGGACAUGUUGGGUCGGAUAUUCGACGGUUCAGGUCGAGCUAUUGACAAGGGCCCAAAAGUGUUGGCGGAAGACUACCUCGACAUCAACGGCAGUCCCAUUAACCCGUAUUCUCGAGUAUACCCCGAAGAAAUGAUUUCAACCGGUAUCUCCGCCAUCGACACUAUGAACUCCAUCGCCCGUGGCCAGAAAAUUCCCAUUUUCUCCGCAGCCGGUCUACCGCAUAACGAGAUCGCAGCCCAGAUUUGUCGACAGGCUAGCUUGGUUGCAAAACCUAACAAGGGUGUGCACGAUGACCACGAGGACAACUUCUCCAUCGUCUUCGGCGCUAUGGGUGUCAACUUGGAGACCAGCCGAUUCUUCACCCGGGACUUUGAAGAGAAUGGCAGUAUGGAGCGUGUCACCCUCUUCUUGAACUUGGCAAACGAUCCUACCAUCGAACGUAUUAUUACCCCGCGCCUCGCCCUUACAACAGCCGAAUACUACGCCUAUCAGCUCGAGAAGCACGUCCUCGUCAUUCUCACUGACUUGUCGUCCUACUGUGACGCUCUUCGUGAGGUUUCAGCCGCCAGAGAAGAAGUGCCAGGUCGCCGUGGUUACCCUGGUUACAUGUACACUGACUUGUCAACCAUCUACGAGCGUGCUGGACGUGUAGAAGGGAGGAAUGGUUCCAUCACUCAGAUUCCCAUCUUAACCAUGCCUAACGAUGAUAUCACUCAUCCCAUCCCAGAUUUGACCGGUUACAUCACUGAGGGCCAGAUCUUCGUCGACCGUCAACUCUCCAACAAGGGCAUCUACCCACCCAUCAACGUCCUCCCCUCCCUGUCCCGUCUCAUGAAAUCCGCCAUCGGCGAGGGCCGCACGCGGAAAGACCAUGGCGACGUCUCCAACCAGCUUUACGCCAAAUACGCCAUCGGUCGUGACGCCGCCGCAAUGAAAGCAGUCGUCGGCGAGGAAGCCCUCUCCUCCGAAGACAAGCUCUCGCUCGAAUUUCUCGAGAAAUUCGAGAAAACCUUCAUCUCCCAGUCCGCAUACGAGUCCCGCACCAUCUUCGAAUCGCUCGAUCUCGCGUGGAGCUUGCUCCGCAUCUACCCCAAGGAAUUGCUCAAUCGUAUCCCGGCCAAGGUGCUGGAUCAGUACUAUGCGCGCAAGGCGGAGGGUAAGAGGCGCGGGAACAAGGACACGAGGGACAACGCCGGGCCCGAGGCGAAUGGGGAGCAGACGGAGAACUUGGUGGAUGUGUAGGCUUGUGAUGUGAGGGGUCUGUUGUGUUUAUGUUAGCUGCUUGGCGG